CUUCACCGGGCUCUGCAUCGCCUCUAUCUUAUUCGAAUUGUUCAGCCAUGUUAUCCUCUUCUUCACCUUGCUCUCCAUCCUCUCAAUUUCUUCGCUCCGAGUAGUGUAGAGUGGAUAAUGCCUGCCCUCACGCGGGCGUCUCAGCAUCGCCAAUGCGAGGACGCCGCCCAUUCGCAGGCGAUGCCCACUUUUACCACCAGCAACAAGCCGAACAAAGGUGCCACUAUGAUCGUACGAGGCAAUCAGGCUAUGCUUACUCGCAGCCCAGCUACGAAGCACGACCCACCCGUCACUCAACAUGCUCAACUCACCGUCGUGCCCUCAAUGGUGGCUACAGUCAGCGACUUCAUCACGCAUGCGAUCGGCGCCAUCCUCUUCGCACGCAAGAUCUAUCCGCAGGCUGUGUAUACGCCGACUCGGAUCGCCUGUCAGAGGAGGGGCAAGGAGUAUUCGAUGAUGGGACAUCGUCUCGCAGGUCCCACAGAAGAUGCCAACAUCUGUGCUACGCUCGCUCAGAUCGAAGCCGCCCUUGAAGCCCUACAUCGGGGUUAUCUUCACACGAUCAGCCUGGGGUUCCCCAUCAGCAGGCAUGCGAUCAGCGCUGAAGGGGCCGUCCCACUCCUCGAGUACUGGCGGUACGAGUUUGAUUAUGCUGUUGAUAAAGGGCCAGCGAGGGGUCAAGCGACGAUGUCAAGCAUAUACGACCUCCUCCAAACGCAACAGCUCACCCUCGCACACCAGCCCAGCAUGCCAUCUGGCUUCUACCUCCAGCUCAAAGCCAGCCUCAGCCAUCGCGCACCACCCGACUAUAUGCCCUCAGGCUUCUUCGCCCCUGAAUCAGCAGGGCAUCGCUGGGUUCUUGAGUCUUCCCCCGACGCAUGCGAGACACCCACUUUCCAAUCGUACAAGGACGCUGGCAUGGAAGGUUAUCGUGCUAGCUUCACAAUGGCGAGGAGCAGGACAAAUGCAUAUGUGCACCCAAAGCUGCGCCUUGAGCAGAUGAAGGGCGGCGAGAGACUGCUUUUCGAUGUCAACACUGCAUUUGAGCAGCAGAGUGCGCCAUCCGACAAGCUUGGAAUGAGUACGCUGCUCGGUGCUGGCGUGAGCGGCGGAGGGAGCAGCGAUAGCGUUGUGAGCCCUUGCGCGCUGAUUAGGGCGGACACUCGCAGUGAAGAGCCCGUGCCUGCUCACGUAUUGAUGGAAUGGGAGAAGAAGCGGCCGAAGGAUGUUCGUGGGGAGGACUUGGCGACAAGCAAGCCAUCCGAGAUCUUCAAGGCUCCACGUCCCAGACCACUUGGUGCCACCACUGCUUCGAUCAAUGAAAAGCUCGCGCAACAUAUGGACAGUCGACCGCUACAGCCUGGCCAAGCUUCGCAGCGUGAGCGAGCACCGCAGCUUGGUGCCGUGCCGUCGACUUCGACUCGAGCACGUCAGGCAACGAAAGCAUCUUCACCUCAGGCGUCACCGUCGCCCAUCACUGUGCAGUGCGACUGCAAUCUACAGGGAAGCGACGAGGAUCUCACGCCCUGCGAGGAUUGCGGCCACUGGCUCCAUCUGGCCUGCUACGGCCACGCCCACCACUUCAAUUUAGACGAUGAUCUCGGCGGGCUGGCAUCUUCGCACCCUUCUCUGAAGGUGACCUGCUGGUCAUGCACCCUUGCACGCCAUCGCCGUACUGGAGCUGACGAUGACGCAACGGAAGACGAACGCUACUUCGCCCUGUGCCACCUCUCGCAAGUUCGGCGCGCGAUUUUCAAGCUACUACAGUACGGCACCUGGCCUGCAGGUGGGAUCGAGAGAUUUGCAAAACUCAUUGGCGCCGCCAACGAAAAUGGCAGCUCCACCUCGUCUCAGCAGCCCUCUCAGCAGCAGAACGAGGCAAAAGCGGUCGCUCAGGGGCUGCGUGAACGCCUGCUGGAGGAGGGCUUUCUUGAGCAACGCGGCCGAGCAGGGGUGAUGAGGAUUUGUGAAGAUCAAGGGGUGAUGGCGAGGGUGAGAGAGCGAUACUUUACGGCUGGCGGCGGGAUCGAAUUAGAGGUUCUGAGCGAGGGUUGGACGCCUGGUGGCGAGCAGAGAAAGAGACAGGCUCGGGGCAGGGAACAGGCAAUCGCAGCGCAGGGCGGCAAUGAAAGGGCCGUUGAGGAGCUUUACUCCGCAUCGAUGCCCGCAAGUCAACGCGACAGAAGCAUCGAUCGCCCAUCCCCUUUUGGCGGACACGCCUCGCAAGUCUCCCGCCAUGCCGACGACUCCCAACAGCACCACUUCGCCUCGCAGGCUGUCUCACCUCUCGACAGCCAGGCAAGCCAAGCAUCCCUUUUUCUGCCUUUCGAUGAUGGGCAAAAGAAUCAAGAUGGCUACGACGCGCUCCACACUCCCCUACCUGAAUUUCCUUCGCCUUCCAAAGCGGGUGAGAGCGGGUUGGGCACUUCUCAUGGCGUAGGCGGAGUUCUCGCAGACCAUUGUUCGCAACCGGGUGAAAAAUCAGCGUCAUCCAUGACCCCUCGAAUCACCUCGAGCUUUGACCCUACCCUAGCCGCCGCUGCAGCCACUCCUCCUCCCUUGGCUUCCCGCGUCAACCCCGACCUCGCUGUUACAACACCUUCCCCGGCAGCUCCCCGCAUCACCUCGCGUUUCCUCCCUCGCGGGCGAAGUGGACGAGCGGCGAGCACGUAUGGAGGGAAGAGGCUGAGGAGCCUGCGAGGUGCUCAGCCUGAAGAGGAGAUUGAGAAGGAAGACGCAACGAGGUUCAGUCCGAAGCAAGAACGCCCUCCCUCGUCGAAGCGGAGGGAGCAGCCGCAGCCCCGGCAGCAACAACCGCGGAAGAAGGCUCGCCAGUCUGCUCGACUGCCCUCUGCGCGCAGGCUGGGUGAAGAGUAAGGAAGGUCGAAUCGAUCAAUUGAGGGGCAUUACAGCGAAGAAGAAGGACGAGGGACGCGAGAAAGAAGAUAGCCAAUGACGAGAUGCGAGAAUGGGAAGGGACGGAGGGAGAAGU